GAAGGUUUUAUGGCAUCAUAAAUUAGUUAAAUUACCCUCCCCGCAUAAAGCGGUACCUCAAUUUCCUACUUGACAGAUGCAACUGCCUUUUGGGCUGCAUAGGUCAACAGCAAGCUAGACAAGGAUGAUAAAACAUCAAAACAUCCGGGCGUCCCCUGGGCAACGUCCUUGCAGACGGACAAUUCCCUCACACCAGAAGCGACUUGCAGUUUCUCGAGUCGCUCCUGACACACUGAUUGGUUUUGUCACUUUCCUCUUUUGCAAGUUGGGGAAGACCACCUCCGAGCUCCUCCUGGAAGUGACCAGCGCCACCAGCCUGCAGAUCUGCAAGGACAUUAUGGACACGCUCAUUCUGAAAAUGGCAGAGUUGAACAAAUCCACUCUGGAGAACAAGGACGGCGAACCAGGUUCGGAUCAUGAAUCUAACGAUAUCGCCAACCCCGGAAGCGUCUCCGCCAACUGCCUCCCUCUGGUGCUGGAGCAAGUCCGGGUGGUGGACAUGGACGGGAACCUGAAGGUCAUCUAUCCUUCGAAGACCGACCUCAGCACAGUCUCCUCCCUCGUGACUGUCAUCCAUUGAGCGCCUUGGGCUUCCUCUGGUUGUGGGGCGUGGGUUGUUCUCCCGCUCUGGGGCAAUCCUGAGGAGCCCGACUCCUGCCCGGACCUCCUGCCACUCGCUCCGCCUCUGUGACGCACCCAAGUGUGCGAGGCGGCUCAAUGGAAGCACUCUUCUGGGAUGAGGGGUGCAUCUGCGUGGCAGAAUUAACUCAGUUUGAUACCACUUUAACUGCCAUGGCUCAUUGGAAUCCAGGGAUGGGCACAGCACUCUUUGGCAAAAGCGAAAGACCUCGUAAAA